AUGCCGCCGCCUCCGCGCAAGGCGGCCUCCGCGGCGCUGGUGGUGGGCCUCGUCUACUGCUCGCUGCUGCUCGACAACGUCCUGCUCACCGCAGUCGUUCCCAUUCUUCCGGAUGUUUUGUACCGCAACGAGAUCUGCUAUGACAGCAACGUAUCCAUGGCAGCCAACUGUUCCAGCGACAGGGUGGGCCACGUGCUGCGCACGGAGGGCGAGGAGGCGCCGUGGGUGGGGCUGCUGCUGUCGUCCAAGGCGCUGGUGCAGCUGGCGGCCAACCCGCUGCUGGCGCUGGCGACGCGCGCCCUCGGCUACCCGCUGCCGCUGCUCUUCGGCACCGCCGUUCUGCUCGUCGCCGCCCUCCUGUUUGCAACUGCUGAGAACUUCGCAGCGCUGAUGGUCGCUCGCAGCUUGCAAGGUGUCGCCUCGUCCAGUAUCGGCGUGUCAGGGCUGUGCGUGGUGGCGGCGCUGCAGCGGGAGGACGCGCGCCGCAGCCGGCUGCUGUGCUCCGUGCUGGGCAGCGUGGCGCUGGGCGUGCUGCUGGGAUACCCGCUGGGCGGCCUGCUCUACGCCUUCGUCGGCAAGCCGGCGCCCUUCCUCUGCGUCUCCGCUCUCGUCAUCGUCGACAUCGUGUUGCAGCUCCUGUAUAUGGACCUCCGGGUAUCUCCAGAGGUGGCGGUGGCGACUCGGGGCGUGCGCCAGCUGCUGGGCGACGCGCGCAUCACGGUGGCGGCCGGCGCCAUCCUGGUGUCUACCACCGCCAUGGCCGUGCUCGAGCCCUGCCUGCCCGCCUACCUCAUCGACACCUUCCAGCCCGAGAAGUGGCAGCUGGGCACGGUGUUCGUGCCGGACAGCCUGGGCUACCUGCUGGCCACCAACCUGUGCGGCGAGCUGGCGCUGCGGGUGGGCCGCAGCCGCGUCGCGCUCGCCGCGCUCUUCCUGGUCGGCGUCUCCUGCGUCAUGGUGGCGAGCGCGCGCAGCCUGCUGCAGCUGCUGGCGCCGCACCUGGGCCUGGGGCUCGGCAUCGGCGCCGUCGACGCCGCGCUGGUGCCGCUGCUGGCGCGCCUCGCCGGCGACCGCUUCGGCUCCGUCUACGCCCUGCAGCAGUCCGCCGUCAGCCUCGCCUACGCUCUAGGUCCGCUGGCGGGUGGUCAGCUCGUGCCGGCAGUGGGCUUCCCGUGGGUGAUGCGCGUCGUGGGCGCCCUGAACCUGCUCUACUGCCCGCUGCUGCCCAUCAUUCUCACCUGGGCAGACGACGAGCCGGCGGAGGAGACCCCCUGCCUUCAGCAGGCAGCAGAGCACGUGGACUACAAGAGCCGCGGCACGGCCGCCUUCUCGUACCACCGUUUCGAGGACAGCGACUAG